GGCUGCUGUUUUGGUCUUCUCAGCCCUUCAAACUCUCUGUGACCCCCUGUCUCUCAUGCUGAAACAGAUAGAAUCACCUACAGAAUACACAAGGUCACUAAAACACACGCUGCACAGAGUUCUAUCACCCUGAUAAAGAGGACGGCGCUCUGAGCAGAUUAUGUCAUGGAGAUGUGUGUCAGUGUGCUGAAGGUACAGUCACUCAGAAACACUUCAGAAUCACUUCAGGAGAAGCGAAUAAAUCAUCACAAGUCUGCUGUAUUGCACUAGCUCGUGCCAUCCCCUCCUGCCCCUGGCUGUCUGACAUCAUCUGUGAACAACGGAGUGCACUCAGGGCUGCUGAAAGGAAAUGGCGCAAGACCAAGAAUACUGCUGACCUAGGGGACUACCAGUCACUACUCUCCUCUUUCUCUGCUAGUGUUGCCACAGCUAAAAUGUCUUUCUAUACCACCAAGAAAACUAAAGAUUCCAGAACAAAAGUAAAGUCAGCGACGAAGUCCGUUUUGAUAAGGCUUGUGAAGCCGGCAUGGAUUAUGUUUAUAAAGUCAAAGUGAUGGACAUGAAGUUGACAAGACACUCUGACAUCUAUAAUAUCAUGGGGGAGCAGGUCCUAAAGGAAGGCACAGAUGAUGCUGUGGAGGGAAGGAUGAGGGUGUUUCUGACUCAUCCCAAUUGCAGAACUGCUUUGGGAAUCGAAAAAGACAAGACGUAUCUCAUCAUGGGCAAAUCCACUGACCUGCCGAACCUCGACGCGAGACUGCAGUACAUGUUGGGUGAGCAGACGUGGAUCGAGUUCUGGCCCACAAGAGAGCAGAGCCAAACUCCAGAACACAGGGAGAGAUAUACCGGCCUCUCUACACUCGAAAAGAAGCUCUUGAAAGAGGGAUGCUCUACAUGAUUAAUCGCAUAAAAUGAAAAAUUUCACUCAGAUAGCAAAUUUUUGCGGCCCAAAUCUGGCCAACACCUUACUCCCAUUUUUGACUGAUCUGCCCACAUAUCGCGUGGAAUGGUGCCACCAAUGUUCUGCAAAACUUUAAUUUUAAAUGAAGUACUGCUGACUUAUCAAUAUUGAAUCGAAAAGUUAAUCGAAAUUGAAUCGAAUUGAAACCUCUUUUUGUUCCUUCUCUGUAUGAUCCUUAAAAAAUCUACCUUUAUUUGGUUUUCAGAAAACUCACUUUGCAUUGUAUCUGCUUUAUUUGCAACAGUUGCUGAUGUAGUCGUAGUAAGUAGAUGAUAUUAAUGGAGACUCUUUAAAUAGCAACAACUACAUUAGUCAUAAUUUUGAGAAAAAUUUGUAAUGCUUUUCAGUACACACUAUAUAUAUAACAAUUCAUUUGCAGCGGAGGAUGAAGGUCUGCUGUGACAAAGGCUGAGUGUGCUGAGGGGGAGGCUAGUCACGUGGGUGAAGCACACAGUUGUGAGUUUGGAGCACCAGGUUGUGAGAUUCUUUUUAACUACUUUGCCACCCCUGUGGUAAGCUUUAGCCUUUUGUGUAUGGUCCAAUUUAUCUUUCCACAUUUUGUGUGAUUUGAAUGACCCGCAUGCAUGUUUUGAAGAUGUCCCUUUUUAAAUUUGUGCAUUUUUAAAAAUGAUUGUUAUAAAUAAACUUUGUGUUCCUUUGCUUCUGACAAUUUA